CAAUCUCGGCCCUUGCCCGUUGAACCCCUUAUCGUGUUGAAAAGCUUAUUCCAUCGGGAUGUUACGUUUCUCGGGUUGAAGUGGGACGAGGAAGAAGAUAUAUAUCUUCGCUAUUCCUAACGACCUCUGGUUUUAGUCUAUCUUUUUUCCCAGAGCCAGAGAAGUAGACGAGGAGAUCAAAAUGACGUUCAAGCGGGUGAGAGAGUAUAUCACUCAGCCAUAUGAACAUCCUGGUGAGGGGAGACUUGUGAGGAAACUUGAUUUCUUCAUCUUGACGUUUUGUUGUUUGAUGUAUUUUACGAAUUAUCUGGAUCGAUCGAAUCUGGCGAAUGCGUAUGUGAGUGGAAUGAAAGAGGAUUUGGGAUUUGUGGGAAAUCAGUAUAAUUUGAUUAAUACUGUUUUUACUGUGGGAUAUGUCGUCGGUCAAAUCCCCUCCAACUUGGCUCUAUACCAUCUCAAACCCCGCAUUUUCUUCCCCAGCAUGAUGAUCGUCUGGGGCGCACUCACCAUGAUCACCGCAUCUGCUCGUCACCCCCGCGACAUCAUGGUUAUCCGCUUCUUCCAAGGUAUCGCCGAGUCCAGCACUUUCGUCGGAACUCAUUACAUCCUCGGCUCCUGGUACACAGCCAGAGAAUUGGGCAAGCGUUCUGGCAUCUUCACCUCGUCCGGUCUAGCUGGUACCAUGUUUGGCUGGAGAUGGCUCUUCAUCAUCGACGGACUCAUCACGAUCCCAAUCGCCAUCUAUGGCUUGGUCCUAUUCCCCGACACGCCCAGCACGACAAAAGCCUUCUACCUCACCUCCGACGAACGAGCGCUUGCCAUCUCCCGAGUCCCAGAAGUACCAGAACGGCAGCCUUGGAAUUUAGCUUUCCUCAAACGCGUAUUCGGAAGCUGGUACUGGUACGGAUUCGUCAUGCUCUGGAUCAUCGCCGGAGAAACAGAAUCCUUCUCCUCGAACUCGCUUCUUGCUCUAUGGAUGAAGUCUACAAAAAGGUACUCGGUCUCUGAACUGAACAACUACCCUACUGGCGUCCCCGCUGUUGGUAUCGCAUCAACUCUAUUCUGGGCCACUCUCACGGAUUUCCUUGGAGGAAAGCGGUACCUUGUCGGGUAUUGGAUUGCCAUCACGGGCAUCGUCACAUCAGCCAUGAUCUUGAAUCCACAUGCCGGCACUGCAAGUAUCUUCGGGGCGUAUUACUGGGCCGGAACGGUGUACGCUUGUCAAGCCACUUUCUUCGCUUGGGCCAACGAUGCGAUGAGGUGGGAAGAGGAUAGUUUGAGAGCGGUGGUAAUUGCUAGUAUGAAUUGUGGCAGCAAUGCCGUGAAUGCGUGGUGGUUCACUAAAGGUAUGUAUGCGAUGAUUGGGACGUCGAUCGCGUUGGCGAUCUGGACGAGUGGGUUGUUGUAUCUCACAACGAGAGCAGAGAAGAAGAGGUUGGUCGAGGGACAAACUCAGGGAUCAGAUGAGAAGACCUUUGAGGUUGAGGCAAGUGGAGAUGUGAAGAUGUGAGAAGAUGAAAUCGGGCUCUUCAGAUUAGGAAACGUUGUACGAAUGGACUAGCUUAGGCUUGAAUCGUAUUGAAGUUGUCGAAGCACGAUGAAUAGAAAGAUACCCGUAUUUAGAUAGCAAGAAUCACAGUAGAAG